AUGGCUCAGCGAGGAAUUCAGCCGGACUCUGCAAAGUUUUGCUGUUCCAUCUGUCUGGAUCUGCUGAAGGAUCCGGUGACUCUUCCCUGUGGACACAGCUACUGCAUGAGCUGUAUUAAAGACUGCUGGGAUGGAGAGGAGCACAAGGAAAUCUACAGCUGCCCGCAGUGCAGAAGAGCCUUCACACCGAGGCCUGUCCUGGAGAAAAGCACCAUGUUAGCAGAGUUACUGGAGGAAGUGAAGACGAUGGGACUCCAAGCUGCUCCUCCUGAUCUCUGCUAUGCUGGACCUGGAGAUGUGGCCUGUGAUGUCUGCUCUGGGAGGAAACUGAAAGCCCUCAAGUCCUGUCUGACGUGUCCGGCCUCUUACUGUGAGCAGCACCUCCAGCCUCACUACGAUUCAGCUCCAUUAAAGAAACACAAGCUGGUGGAAGCCACCGUGAAGCUUCAGGAGAACAUCUGCUCUCGUCACGAUGAGGUGAUGAAGAUCUUCUGCCGCACUGAUCAGCAGUGUAUCUGUUAUCUCUGCUCCAUGGAUGAACAUAAAGGCCACGACACAGUCUCAGCUGCAGCAGAAAGGACCAAAAGGCAGGAAGAGCUCGGGCUGAGUCGGCAAAAAAUCCAGCAGAGAAUCCAGGACACAGAGAAAGACGUGAAGGUGCUUCAGCAGGAGGUGGAGGCCAUCAGUCGCUCUGCUGAUAAAGCAGUGGAGGACAGUGAGGAGAUCUUCACUCAGCUGAUCCGUUUGGUUGAGAAAAGAAGGUCUGAUGUGAAGCAGCAGAUCAGAUCCCAGCAGGAAGAGGAAGUGAGUCGGGCUGAAGAAGUUGAGGAGAAGCUGAAGCAGGAGAUCGCUGAGCUGAGGAGGAAAGACGCUGAGCUGGAGCAGCUCUCACACACACAGGAUCACAUCCAUUUUCUACAGAGUUACCCCUCGCUCUCAUGUCUCAGUGAAUCUACACACUCACCCAGCAUCAACAUCCGUCCUCUGAGCUACUUUGAGGAUGUGACUGCAGCUGUGUCCGAGCUGAGAGACAAACUACAGGAGCUUCUUAGUGAGGAACGGUCCAAGAUCUCACUGACAGUGACUGGAGUGGAUGUUCUACUGCCACAACCAGAGCCCAAGACCAGAGCUGAGCUCUUACAAUAUUCAUGUCACAUCACACUGGAUCCAAACACAGCAAACACAUGGCUGUCAUUAUCUGAGGGGAACAGAAAAGCAACACGAAUGGAAGAAAAACAGUCAUAUCCCAGACACCUAGACAGAUUUACUGAUUUGUGCCAUCAGGUCCUGAGCAGAGAGAGUCUGACUGGACGUUGUUACUGGGAGGUGAAGUGGAAGAGGAGAGUUUAUAUAGCAGUCUCAUAUCAGGAUAUCAGCAGAACAGGGAGCAGAGUUGAAUGUGGAUUUGGACACAAUGACAAAUCUUGGUCACUGGAUUGUUCCAACAUGAACUGUGACUUCAGACACAACAAUAUCCAAACUAAAAUCCCACUCCCUGUGUCCUCCAGAGUGGGAGUGUACCUGGAUCACAGAGCAGGUAUUCUGUCCUUCUACAGCGUCUCUGAAACCAUGACUCUCCUCCACAGAGUCCAGACCACGUUCACUCAGCCUCUCCAUGCCGGACUUGCGCUUGGAAGUGAAGCCACUGCAGAGUUUUGUGAGCUCAAGUAGACAGGAGGGAUUAAAGCAGUCCUGUCAUCUAUUUCUAUAACAUCUGUGUUGUCCUGCACUUCCCAGACGUCACCUGUGGCACAUUGUGUUCUUGGUCUGUUCAGCCGUGGUGGAUAAGGGUUGAACUCCAUCAGUCGACAGUAGAGAGAAGCCAAAUGAACUGCACUUCACAGGGAAAUGUAAAAAAAUAUCACUGAUUAAACUGUUGAAGAGGAUCUUUAUGAUUCUUAAUUUCACUCAAUAUUUCCUGUAACAUGUUUUUGCUCUUCCUGUUUUGCUGCUUAAUGGAGUCAGAAGUGUGUUUGCACUCGUCCUUCUUUGUAGCUCAACAGCUGUUUGUUGAUUUGGUUUCCAGUACUUUGGAACUAUGAUUUUUUUUAAUGCACUGCAAAUGAAAUGAUUCUUCUUGUUGACAUGCUGGUUUAACAGGUCGAGUGUGAGAAUCACGUGACUGCUGAGAGAGAAACGCCUGUUAUGAGAUUUUACUGAUUAGGUGUGUCAGCCAAGUGAAUGUUUAUGAAAAUCAAUAAAAAAUAUUUCCAAGAAUCAACAGUGUU